AUGAAUGAUUAUCUGAUUUUCCAAAAAGCUUAUAUACCAGCCAUAAAAGAGCCUGCCGGUCUGAUCUCGAAUAGGAAUAUUAGACCAGAUGGAUACAUUGUAACUCCAUGGUCUGAUGGUCGUUGUCUGACGUGGGACGUGACGUUCCCACAUACUUUGGCAGAUAGGUAUAUCAGCAAUACUUCAUUGAAACCUGGUUCCGCCGCCAUAAGAGCAGCUGAUUUUAAAAAUUCCAAAUAUGUUGAUCUGAAUGACGACACAAGAUUGUUUGUCCCGCCUUAUGUACAGUUUACAAUAAUAAUAACAGUUUGCGUUGCUGGUUUCUUAAUGUUGAGUCAAGGACAUGUACCAAGCACGACUUCCCUCACUCUGUGCCAUGUGUGUUAUAAACAUUUUAAAGUGAGGCAGGAUGGUACUCUCGUUAGACAUGGCGGAAAAGUGAAAGGCUCAGAAUGUCCGGGAUCUUUGAAGCACCCACCUUCGAGCAGAAAACGAAGGUCGCUCAAUGUCGUCAACGCCAACAUCUCAAAGACGAGUGAAGACUCAAGGGUCCUUGAUACCGCUGUCGAUAUGAAGAGUAAAUCGUCACUGGCUGAAAAUUUUUUUGAAAAAUCAUCGGGCUGUCGGUUAGUUGACCAUGUGCCCAAGCAAUCACGUGGUAAGUUUGGCCGGAUAUUGAAGGAUAUUUUGAAAAACAUCUGUGAUAACCCAUCAAAUGCCAUUCUCUGGUUCAGGUUGCCAUUCAUUCCCCGCUUAAUUCUCCGAAAGGAUCUUCGAGGUGGAGGAAAAAAAAAACAUCAGCGCAAAAAUUAA